AUGCUGACGACGGCAUCAGAACGGAUGGUAACAUCGAGCAACCUGGCAGUUUCGGCGUGCGACGACGAUGACGACGGAAAGUGCAAGUACUUUAACAAGCCGUUUAUCCUUACUACGGACGCCUCCGACUAUGCAAUCGGUGCCGUCCUAUCGCAGGGGGAAUUAGAUUUACCGAUUGUUAUCUUUCAUUCAGGAUUAGCAAGAAUUCAAAUUACGUCCCAUUACUAUGUUCAUCAUUUCAAUGUUACCUCUCUGAAAGCUCAUGUCGACAGUCUUAGGAAUCAAUUUGAUCAAUUGAAAAUCAACCAAUUCACACCACUCACUUUACAAAAAUUUGAUGAAAUUCAUCAAACACUAAAAAACUUGGCCCCUUCUAGGAGACAUAAGCGCUGGGAUAGUCUAGGAACAGGUUGGAAGUUCAUUGCAGGAAGUCCGGACGCAAACGACUUAAAAAUAAUAAACUCUUCCAUUAACGAACUUGUUAGCAACAAUAAUCAACAGAUUAGAAUAAAUAGGGCACUUAAUUUGCAAAUGAAGGAACUUGUUUACAAAACCAAGGAUGCAAUAGAACUUUCGAAUGCUAAAUCAUUAGAGAUUUAUUCACUAAAUAUUUUUCUUAACUUAAAAUAUCUAGCGGAAAAAUUAGAACAGAUUGUUGAUAGUAUAUCUUUAGCUAAAGCCGUUUUGAACGAAAAAAUACUAAGUCAGGAUGAAAUUGAAAUAUUGUACCAAGAUUUAUCCAAGCAAAAUAUUACACUUCACAAUGUCUUGGAAGCACUAAACCUUGCAGAUACAACGAUCGCCACCAACAGCAAGGAGCUGACUUUACUGAUAAAAACCCCCAUCUUGGAUACGAGGAUUUUCAACAAGAUUCACGUCUUCCCCGUCACUGCUAGUCACCAGCAAAUCCAUUUGACUAGAAGAAACUAUUUGCAUCAUGAAACUGGUGGCUACAUCGUGAAUUCGUUAGAGGCAACUAUAUACAAAGUCCACCAAAUAGAAGCGGACAAAUCCAAAUGUGUACCAAACCUUCUCUCGGGACAGCAAGCAAGCUGCAACUACACCAUGAACCCACCUAAGGAGGAAAUCACAUUUAUAAAUGACGAAAACAUCAUUUUGAACUCAAACAAAAACAUAUCCUUCGCAUCAAAUUGUGGAAUCGGUAACCGUACGUUAUCUGGAACAUUUUUGAUAUCAUUUCACGAUUGCGAAGUAAUCAUCAACAACAUCAGCUAUUCUAAUACCAUACAGAAUAUAGCUGGAAGUCCAAUACAGCUGCCAUUGGACGGUCUUGCAAUACAAAAGCAAUUUACAAUAGCAAACCUCAGUUUGGAACAUCUACAUAGUUUGCAUCUAGAGAUGAGAAAGGAAAUGGAGUACAUUCGAUUGAACAACACCAGCAUCCAGUGGCCUUCGUGGCCCAUUUUUGGAGGAAUCCUCUCCCUCCCCUGCAUGAUAAUCGGUAUCGCAAUUCUUUUGAAAAUUUUCUCCAACAGAUCAGCUACCUUGAAGAUACAAGCAUCUAACGCCACAAUCAAACAGGAACCGAUAGUGGAUAUUCAACCCAGGAUCAAACCUACGACAUUGAUGUAUGUGAUUCAGACGGAGCCUCAUCUCUCAGGAAGGGACGAGUUAGCAACGAAGCUACCCCAGCGGUGGUAGAAAAAGCUGACGACCUCAUCGCAACGAGUUGGCGACGGGCCGCCAGAACGAGGGCAUUACAGAAUGCUGACGACGGCAUCAGAACGGAUGGUAACAUCGAGCAACCUGGCAGUUUCGGCGUGCGACGACGAUGACGACGGAAAGUGCAAGUGUAAGCAUUUGAGGUGUAAUAAGUUUCAAUAUUGAAUAAAGCAAUCAGUUCGAUUUAGACUCGCGAA